GAGACCUGUCCUCCUGUGUCCAUGCCGAGGAGCAUGCAGGAGCUGCAGGUACGUCCUGAAGAAAGACAUGGAGUCUAUUGUCAUCUAUUGCAACUUUUUUUCAGGGACGAUAUUACGUCGUUAAGCCAACAAAACCAACAGUCAGGUUUUAAAAACAGAUUUUGUGUCCCUGUACACAAAAGCAAUAGAUUGCACUUGGUGAGUACCGUGGUACUGGGCUCAUGCAGUCAGUUCUGAGCUCAGUAUCAUCAGUGAACAGUUUAUAUCGGCAGAUUAUUUACAGUAUUUAUUCCUCCAUAGAACAUGCAGUUACAGAGUCCUUAGCUUCAGUAGGUCGAUGUGUUAAUACAGACAUGUAUGUGGUGUUGAAGACGUUCAUAAUAGAAUGAACUGGCCUUUGAUUUGAGGGAACACGGGAUGUUUCUGGUCCACGGUGCGUCGUUCUGUCAUCGUGACUAUCUUGCUGCUGUUUGUGUUCAGGAGCUUUGCCGGGAGUUCCACCACAAGAUCGACGUGAUGGACGAGGAGCGAUACGACCUGGAUAUGAAAGUUAAUAAAGCCAACAAGGAGAUCGACGACCUGAAAAUCAAAGUUCAGGACCUGAUGGGUAAGUUCAAGAAGCCCGUCCUGAGGAAAGUACGCAUGUCGGCCGACGCCAUGCUGAAGGCUCUGCUGGGCUCCAAGCACACGGUGAACAUGGAGCUGAGGGCCAACCUGAAGCAGGUCAAGAAGGAGGUCAAGGAGGAGGUGAGGAAGUGGCCUCGUUUCAUAAAAAUAUCGUAUUUACUGAGACUUAGAGCUGAAAACGUGAGAUGUGUGUGGAGCGAUGAGGAGACCGAAACCUUCCUCACAUUAAUACCGGAAACAGAAAUGUCAUAUUUCCAUCAUGUCCACAUGGUUUUACAUAGUUUGAGCUUCUCUGGAGAAUUAGCAGCAACUCACAGCAGUGGAUGGAAACAGUUUUCUCGAGAAACCUGCAGAGUUCAUUCCAUUGUCUUAUUUUAAUCUAAUGUUUGAACCGUCCGGAUUAGAUGAAUUCUUCCUCCAAUGAUGUGAUUGAUCUUUGUAACUUCUUACACUCUGGAUUUGAUGUUUUCUAGACAUUGUGGGAACUAAAAAUCACAUUUAUUAUACCUUCAAUCUCAGAAACGUCUCCAGAGAAGGUUCCACACACUGUAGAGUGGUAGACCUGUUUUAAUGCCUUUAACACUAGUUUAACUUUUCUGAAUGAAAUAUAUUUCUGAGAAAGUCCUCACAAGUGGCCUUUUAUGUUCCACCAACCUUCCCUAACAGUAACUAUAUAGAUAUUAUACAGCAGAUUUAAACAAUUAUCGUUAAAAAGAUGGAGUCAAGCUGAACCUAACUAGUCCUUCAGUCUAAAGUAAGGUAGGACUGCUGAACCAGGGUUUUUUUCAGACCAUUAUCUGAAACUUUGAUAAACCCUCGUGGUCCAGCUCUGAUUUUGGGUCUGUGGUGUUUCAGGAUAAAGAGCUGCGAGACGUCGGUGACUGGCGUAAAAACAUUGAAGACAAAGCCGGCAUGGACGGGAGGAAGAAGAUGUUUGAGAC